AGCCACAGAGUUGAGAUCACACAACAUCGGCAUGCCAUUCCACUGACCUGCAUGCACCACUGUCACCAUUCCACCAUGGCCUGUUAAGGAGUGCUGCACCUGGAAAUCGCUGCGACCGGGUCGUUCAUUAUUGAGGGGAAAUUAGGAACUUUGUCAGCCUGACAGUUGGAGGAAGGACGGCCGAGCUUCCCUCUGAUCAAGUUCCCUGUGUCCAAAAGAUGUCAACCACCACCACAGAAAGUGCAGGAAGAGGAACUAAACCCUCAAAGGAUCAUAAAAAGCCCACGGCGGCCGCCCUGAAAGGAGCCAUCCAGCUGGGCAUUGGUUACGCUGUGGGAAACCUCAGCUCCAAACCAGACAGAGAUGUUCUCAUGCAGGACUUCUCAGUGGUGGAGAGUGUUUUCCUGCCCAGUGAGGGCAGCAACCUGACUCCAGCACAUCACUACCCAGAUUUCCGUCUGAAAACGUAUGCACCGCUGGCCUUUCGCUACUUCAGAGAGCUGUUUGGCAUCAAGCCAGAUGACUAUCUGUACUCCAUCUGUAAUGAGCCUCUGAUCGAGCUGUGCAACCCCGGCGCCAGCAGUUCCUGGUUCUACCUCACCAGCGACGACGAGUUCAUCAUUAAGACGGUACAGCAUAAAGAGGCUGAGUUCCUGCAGAAGCUGCUUCCUGGUUACUACAUGAACCUGAAUCAGAACCCGAGGACGUUGCUGCCCAAGUUCUACGGCCUUUACUGCAUCCAGUGCGGCGGCGUCACCGUACGCGUGGUGGUGAUGAACAACGUGCUGCCGCGCGCCAUCCAGAUGCACUACAAGUACGACCUGAAGGGUUCCUCGUACAAACGCCGCGCCUCACGCAAAGAGCGUGUCAAGUCCUCGCCAACGUUCAAAGACCUGGACUUCCAAGAGAUGCACGAGGGCCUGCACUUUGACCCCGACACCUACAGUGCUCUGAUGAAGACCCUGCAGCGGGACUGUCGGGUCCUGGAGAGCUUUAAGAUCAUGGAUUACAGUCUGCUGCUGGGGAUUCACAUUUCCGACCGGAAACCGCUGAGCAGAGAAAGCCGCUGUGACAGCAGGCGAGGACAGAAAGUCCUCUACUCCACCGCCCUCGAGUCCAUCCAGGGGAACGCAAAGGCCCCCGAACCAGUGGCUGAUGACGACACAUUGGGUGGAAUUCCUGCCAAACAUAAAGAUGAGAAUCUUCUCAUCUUUUUAGGAAUCAUUGACAUCCUUCAGUCCUACAGGUUCAUCAAGAAGGUGGAACACUCAUGGAAAGCUCUUGUACAUGAUGGGGACACAGUGUCGGUGCACAGGCCCAGUUUUUACGCGGACAGAUUUCUGAAAUUCAUGGGCUCGACCGUAUUUAAAAAGAUUCACCCUUUAAGAGGAGCAUCCUCAAAGAGAAAGAGGAGUCCCCUGUGUGCAGGGAAGUCAGCCUCUCAGGAGUUUCUGUCCCCGCAGAGGGAGGAGAAGAAGGAGGAGAAGAAGGCUCAAAGCAUGGACAACCUGGAUGGACCCAUGUACAGUUCCUCCAGGCAACCAGACCUUCUUCUGAGAGUUUCUUUCAAGACCACUGGAGAUUAUGAAGAGUACCUCGAAAACAGUGAGGAGCGGCGAGCUUCCAGUUCAACAAUCGCUCUGGACGAUCCUCUGCCUUCUCUCAGCAGGAGCCAAUCAGAGUCUGAACUGGACGUCUACUUGGCUGCCACUGGUUUUCAGUCGUUUCAGUAAGUGAAAAGAAGCUGCCUGGACUUCUGACCUUCAACCUCCUGAUCCCACAGUGGGGAGACAUCAGGACCUCACAACAGUGUAAAUGUGACACAAAUUAUAGCUAACAUGUUGUCAUUUUCUUCUUUGUGAGCAUCAUUCUGUGCCUCUGCGACUUUCCUUUAAAAAAACGAAAGCCAAGCCACUGGUUCUUUUGAAGAAAUCUGCAGUCUGUGUUCAUGUGAUCACUGAAGCCCUCUGUUAAUAGAAAACACUAUGAAGAUGUUUCUUCUCCUGUUAUUUGCACUUUGCUGCUAAGUUAACAUUGCUAACAAAAAGAAAUCUGUUUGACUGCUUCUCUUGGAUGUUGGAAUUUCUGUGCAAAUGUUCAAAUGUUCUCAGUGGCUGGAUCCCUGAAGAAAUAUAUUGUAUUGUAGCUUAAUGAGCAACAGGCAAAUCAUGCUGUUAUUUUUGAAAUCAGAAUUAUUUAGAGUCGUGUUGAGAUCAUGCUGGUGUCAGGAAUCUGAAUGAAAGCUUUAUCUGUGGAGACGUUCAUAAUAUAUUCAUGAGUGAUGCAGUGUUUAAACCCUUAUAAACAUGAUGUUUAAUUGAUCUUAGAUUCCCAAUUUGCAUAAAACAACUUAUCAAUGCUACACAAUAAUAAAUAUAGGAUAUACUCUCUGUAUAUUUCUUUUCAGACAUGUAUCUGCUGCCACCAUGACAAAAAAGUAUUUGCUCAGUUUUUCGUUAAAUUUUUCUUUCAUGUUACAAUGACAUAUUUUCCCUGUUGUUACUACAGCAACCCUGCCGUACAGUUUUUAGUCAUCUUCACUGGCAUUUAUUCAAAUUAAUUGGUAUAAACUGUUUUGAGUGCUGAAGGUAAAUAAUUUACAUAGUGUCUUCCAUUUGUCCACAUGCCUUCAAAAGUUUUAAAGCUCUGUGCUUUUAUGGGAUUCACAGGCCUACAACUGUAUUAUAGCAAUACUUUGAACUUGUAUCUGUGAAAUAAAUUCAUAUUUUAUGUUCUUAAAUA